AAAAAAAAUAAUAAAAAUUGUAUCAAAUAUUAAAAAAUUUAGAUAAUCAAUAAAGCUAAGCUAUCCUUUCAAAAAAAAAUUUAUUAAGUAAGUCUUAAAAAAAUGAAAGACAUAUAAUUGAGAAAGCUCUUCAGAACUAAAAAGACCAUUAGGGUUUUCUAAAUAGAAAAUGCAGAUGAAUAAUCUGUAGAAAAAAAUUCUAAUGCGGCUUCCUGGUAAAAAGCUUUAUGUGAUGCAAUAUUAUAGCUUUAUUAGAACUAAUACGGAUAGCUUAUGCUAUGUCUUCGAACUAAAAAGGGUCAAACCGUCAUUCAAAAUUAGUACUUGCAAGAAGACAUUGAAAAAAAAAUCUUGCUUUGCAAAGACACCUGUCGAGGAUAUUAAUUAGAAGUUAUCUCGCCAGAAGGAAGUAUGAAUGUUAGAAUAGGAAUUCUUUUUGAGACCCGAAUUGAGGCUUUUGAAUUUUAAACAGUACUAAAAUAAUUUUGCGAGCAGACUAUUUGA